AUGUCAUCCUCACACAGUCAACAACAACAACAACAACAACCACCCUAUCAGAGUCACAUCGGAAUGGAUCCUUCCAUCUAUCCAUCCACUCUCCCCACACAACAACCACCGUAUCCGAACAUUCCUCCUCCUCCCUCCAAUAACGUUCCAUUCGCUGCCUCCCAUUAUCAACCACAACCUCCUUAUCAAACAUUAGGAGAUCUUCCAACUCAACACUACUCUCAACAACAACAAUCGCCCUAUGUAGCAUCAGGUGUUCCUCCUCCACCACCUCCUCAGGAUCAAUUCAUUUCAGCUCCAAGUCCAUUCCACUCGGUACAUGUUUCAUCUUCCUCACAACACCAGCAGGAACAUGUUUCUCCACAACAAGGAAUUGAUGCUGAAAAUCCCAUUCCCGUUCAUUAUCAUUCAGGACAAUCGAGCCAAUCUCCACAACACGGAUUUGAUGAACCCAAAGCUCCUCCAUUAAGGUCGCAAGAAGGUCCUUCUCAUCCUCAACAACAACAACAACAACAUCAGCAACAACCUCCUCCUCCUCCUCAACAAUCACCCCUUUACCCUCAAGAACAAGGCUAUCAUGCCAUCUAUGUGAGUGAUAUUCGGACCUCUCCUAACGAUUAUGUCGAGCAAUCGGAAGCAGCAGAAGCAAGCUCUUCGUUCUCUCUCGCCAUUUGUUUGGCUUUUCUCUUUGGAUGUUGUGGAUGUUUCCCAUUGACAUGCAUUCCCUUCUGGUUUACAUAUGCCACCUAUCGAGAUUCGAUGAGUCCUCGGGCUCGUUCCAUGGCCUCUCUUUCGAAAAGUUUGUUUUGGGUGUUGGUGUUUGUGAAUACGAUCUUCUUUUGUAUCAGUAUAUUUGUGAUAGUCAUUGUUCCACCAGUGGUUGUGGUUCCACGAUAUUAUUAUGUGUAG